CAAACCAUUGUUCUGCAUCGACUUGAAAAGUAACACAUUCCCAGCCAGUGGACAUACGCCGAAACCUGUGGUCUAGGGAAGUGCAGACUUAUGGCCUGGUUUAGAAUUGGGCCACAUUGUCUGAACUGGGAUUACUCAAAGUCGUGACUGGGUCACUGGUACUUAACAUUAAUAUUGCUGUCUAGACUGGCAAUCGCUCUUUCCCUUAAUGUCCGACAUGACCUCUCCCUCGAAUCCUGUACCAGCUUGCAGCGAUCGGGCGAAGGCCAGGAAAGCAAGAAUCAAACAGCUGGAGCUGGAACAACAGAAAUGGGAUCAAGAAGCUCUGGUCAUGACAGAGGACCAGAAGCAGACAUUACUACUUUCUUUCAAGUCUGUCAAGACGGAAUUCAGUGACCUGGAUGGCCUCUCUUGGUCGCGUUAUACGAAAAGUGGUCAUGACAAUUGGGUUGCAGAUGAUCCAACGCCCAAGCCAUCCUGUACUGAAUUCGACCAGUUUCAGAUAAGACCCGUUCACAUACAGCCCAAGUCAAUGCCCCCCUACGCUGUGCUAUCACAUGCUGAGCUGGCUUCUUUCGCACCUGAGGAAACUAUUCGUGUAUCUCGCCUCGGCUCUCAGUCACCUCGAUCACCUUUGCUGCAAUGCUCUUCAGCGAACCAUCUGUUCCGUAUUCCACACUCCCCUGUCAUUCCUCCCAUGGUUACCGAACGGUGUAGUAAUGCAUCUUUAAAUUCACCAUGCCCACGGCAGUCGAAAUUCGACACUGUUCGCCAGAUACCAAACUCUCGAUUGAGUUCACUCGUCGAAAUUUAUCAACCAACAUUACCUGAGCAAAUCUCAAUGGAGCAUACCCCUCAAAUGCCAGAACGCACAGCACUCGAUGUCCCAUAGCUGUCGCCAGUAGCUUAGCACGACGACUAACCUAUAUUAUAUCAUAUAUACCUUGUACACGUGUAGCUGUUCGUUCAUUGUCACUACUGCUAAUCGCUAAACUUGUUGAUCCACUGAA